CUCCAUAUAUCUGUGCUUUGAAAUUAAACGUUACUUUUAAACUUUAAAGGGCAGAAUUUAAAAAGGUGUAUUUAAUGAAAGAAACAAUGGAUCAAUCUCUAUUGGAUAUGAAUUUGAAAAACUUGCCUAUUGACUCUCGCAGAGCUGUUAAAAUCAUUGUGGAUUCAUUAUUAUGCAGCAUAUAUCCGUUGUUGAGUAAAAUUAGUGAUAAACUACAUUAUCAGAUAAAGGAUGAGAUACCAGAUGAACAUUUUAUACAAAUUCGUAAUGUUUAUACUUUAUGUGCAGAUCAAAUUAAGAAAUGUAUGAUCAUUUUAUUUGAUGUAAUUAAAAAAGAAUAUCACGAAGGUGUUUACCUACAGGAAGCCCGUCAAUUUACUAUAGAAAGAAUAUGUUGGUGUGUACAAAAAUUGACAUCAGUUGAACAACUUUUACAGAAACCGUCAAAAGAAAUAUCAGACUCUUCCAAUGAAUUUAUAACUGUUUCUAUGAUGUAUUUUGUCAAUUGGAUAGACCAAACAUUUGAUUUACUCGGAAAAUUGACUAACGUUGUAUCCAGAAAUGAUUUCAAGAAAACAGAAGAGCUUUCUAAUGAGUGGAAGACAGAGUUAGUUGAAUGUGUGUGUGGCCUCCAUACAUCGGUAGAUGAACUUCUCCUCUCUGCAAUGACUCUGUGUAAGCAUUGCCUGCCUGCUGAUCAGUAUGUUGUUAAAGCACGCUGUCAAGUGGUUCUGAGAGAGACCAAAACUUUACUGAAUGAACUCAUUGAAGGUGAUUCAGACACAGUCCGUGCGACAAUAGAAACACUGAAAUUACCUAUAAUGCCUUUUAAUAUUAAUGUACGUAUAGAUGUCUUAAAGGAUGUUUUGUACGUGCUGGAGACCAACACCAACACAGCCUUGUUAGCUUUGGUCGUCCAUUGCUUCAGCCAUGAUGUUCCUCCCGUGGAAAUAUUGAUGAAACAUUUUGAAAAUUCCUCCAAAACAUGUGCGUGUGUCGAAGCUGGUGACAGUAAUGAUGAUGUUACCGAGAGGUGCACUUUUAUAAAGGAUUUUGAUUUGUACAACGAGAGAUUACUUCAAAUUGGAUCAUUUGCUAUGUCAUGCUCAUCUGAUCAAAAGAGGAUUUUAAACCUACGCAGUGGCCUAGCCAGCCUAGAAGCACUGGAUCCUCACUUGGUCCCAGCUGUUAUGUUCUCCCCGAGGAGCCACCAUGCCUGCAUACUCACCAGAACUUGGAGGCAGGAGAUGAUGCUGAUCAGAGAUAGUGUCUUCUUGAUAGUUGACCCUGCUGCUUUCGCAGAUAAAGCGAGGCAAAUGAUGCAUCAGAGUUUGUUGGAAAUAAUGAAAGAGAGUCAUUACGAUAAUAAUAAAAUUUGCCUAUUUAUCAACAUGGGUUGUGUUAUUAAUGAAUUUUUUGAAGUUUAUGAGAAAUGGGAACCGGAUGCAUUGACUUGUAAUGAACAAUUGGCUCAUUUGCUGAAAUAUUUGAAAAAGGUACAAUUAGAGUGCAAAAUAGUAAGCAAUCUACUCAGUUCAACAAAUGAAUACAAAUACGACGUAAAAAGCACGAACAAAUCUACGAACCCAACAAUUCAACAACUCAUAAAACGUCUAAAACUUCUGUACACCUUGGUCAAAAGAAUAAACUUACUGUAUAAUCCACGAGAAAAUGACGAUGAAUUUUACGAAGAACCGCCCGAUAGUAAAACUUACAAUAAAUACGCUACGUACGUGAACUCGCCCAAGAAACAAACUAAUAAUCUGUCGAAAAGCGUUUUCGCUAGGACAAAUGUGAGGUGCUCAACGGGAAAAUUCCCUCUGGCGAUACUAAAAAACCAUUUAAAAACAAGGAAUACCAGAGAUUUGAGCUUCUCACUCAAACUGGAUGCAAUAAGUGAUUUAUCGGAACUAAAAUUAAAUCGUGAGCCGUCGAUUUUGUAUUAUUCGCUGAUGAAGUCGAAAUCUUCGUUAAGAAAAGUCGUUUUGUGCAAACAGCGUGCUUUGCCGUAUGAGAAAACAGAUAUAAACGAUAAAACCAAACUUGAAAGCAGCGUUUUAGAAAGAGAUAGCGUCAUGGAUGACGCAAUGAGUUUACACAUAACAGAUGUCCUGAACCAAAUAAAUAAUUUAACUUUUAAAGCAUCAACAGCUACAAGAAGAGCUUUUAAUUCAACUGUGCUAAUUGAUAAACCAAUUAAAAAUAAUGUAGAUACGACGAAAAAUGUGUUAAAGAUGUCUAUAAAUAACGACGCUACGUUAAGACGCAUUUGGAACAUCACCGUAAACAGUAGCGCUGCAGAUAUAGAAACUACAUCUAAUUUGACACAGCCUUCGGAAGUUAACACCUUGGAAAGAAUCAACGACUUGGAUCUGCUAGAAAGUAAAUUGAGCGAUUUGAAAUCAUCCGGACGGACUCGAGCGACCACGAACCGUCAUUGCUUCCUUAUGAGUAUCACGACAUUGGUUUUGGCGUAUUCGAUUUAUAUUGAUCAGGUUGUGGGCUUACCACCGGAAGCAUCUUCUAAUCCCUGGCCAACGUUCCCAAGAAGAAAUGUUGGAGCUUUGGCCAGAGACGGGUAUUUGAGAAGCGCAUCUCCUGGUUACAAAAGGAGCAUCUCAACCUUAGCCAAAAAUGGUCAGCUUCCAACAUUUAGAGCCCCUUACGACGAAACUGAUAAACAGGAGCAAGAUGACGAAGAAUCGCACGAAAAAAGGAACUUGGCAUCAAUUGCAAGACUGCGCAGCUACUCAGCAAUGAAAAGAAACAUACAAUCUCUGGCAAGAGAUGGUUUUCGUUUUGGAAGAGGACAAUACAGCCAACCGAAUGAUAAGCGCAACAUUGCCGCCUUAGCGCGUAACGGUCUAAUUCACAAAAAGGAUGAAAUAGUUGGGGAUGAAUACUACUUCCCAUUCUAUCAAAAUCCGGUACCACCACUUUCAGAAAUCGACGGCCCAUUGGAUUAUAACGAAAUUUAUGAUUUACAACAAUCGAUAAAUCCCGAAAUGCUGCCACCUCUUUCACAAGUGUUUAAAAGAAGUGAUACUGGCUAUUCACCCGAUGCUUAUGCGAUGCCUUCGAAAAUGGAUUACGGCGAUAAUUGGUAUCUAAAACGAGGUUCUUUUGGACUACCAGCACAUGGACUUUACAGACCAAUUUACAUCGAAUCAAGUGGCAACAUCAGAAACAAAAGAUCUAUUUACUCUCUGCCUGACGUAAUUGACCGUAACGACAUCAAUGAUCCUGAAGAUUAUGAAAAUGAAGACAAGCGAUCUGUUGAUCAAGACGAUGACGUUUCUCGUGAAAAUUUCGAAAAGCGUCACAUUGGUUCACUCGCCCGAUUAGGUUUAUUGCCAUCUUUUAGAUUUACGGGUGGACGAUAUAGUAGGUCAGGAAGAGCCAGGUUGUUAUUACCUAGCCAUGAAAUUUACAGGAAGCAUUCCACUGACGAGAAUUUCGGGACUAGGGAAUAUCUCUCUGAUUCCGAAGCUGACGUAUCCAUCGAUUCAGACGACUCCGACCUACCGCCGCCGCCAGUACCUGCUCACUCGCACCCGACCGGCCGGUACCUCCAUCGACCGCUAAAGAAUGAUCUCCCGAACACACCUCUCCCCCAGUCUCCCCUAAUACUCUACAAUCAGGAUACUUUUGCCAAGAACCGCUGGCAGAGUAAGGACAAUCCUAAGUUCUAUUACUUUAGGUCCCUAAAAGUCCCCUACCAUUCAUCCGGAAAACGGUACUUGACGCUUCCCGCCGCGAAUAACAUCCAUUUACGGAAGGAGUACCGCAACAGCAGUCUCCCAAGUCGUCGUAAAAAUCAGUAGCAAUGCGAUUGCAAGCUGAGGAACAAACAGGCCCUCAGCUCUGUCGAAGCCAGUGGACAUUAAACUGGAAAUAUUGUUCAGUUUGGUUCAAUAUCAGGGCUUCGACAAUUGCGUUUUCCGCAUAAUUUAUUACUCUGUUAAUGAUUGCAUUACGUAGAAUAAUCGAUUUAGUUAUUCAGGAAAGUGGGAACAUGCAAAAUUGACAAUAAACUUAGUUGAAUGGAACGAAGGGUAGGGCAUGUACCAUUAGUAAAUUUUUAGGCUAGCGGUUAAGGCUAUUUGAAAUAUAUUAUAUGAUCAAUAGCAUUUAAGAAAACGACUUUGGCCAGCACAUGACAAACAGAUCAAACUAAGGAUAAUAUUUAAGAUAUAUUAGAGAUUACGUUGCCAAUCGCAAAUUACGUGUCUAUCAAAUAUUAUAGAUUAUAGGAAAUGUUAUUUGAUGUUCGAAUAAGUAUAUGGGCAUUACAAAAUAAAAAAAAUAUAUUGACUGGAACCUUGUUUAAAGAAUAUGGGAAAACUGUAUAGUUCAUGAUUGUAAUUCUACAUUCUAUAACUUCUUACACCUAUGUAGUUUCUACAACUGAUCAUCAAAAAGUUGUGCUUAUUCAAAUAUUAAUUAGUUUACAUAUCGAAAGAUGUC